AGAGUUCUUACUAUUUGCACUGUUUCAUCAAUAUAGGCUACAACCAAGGAAAUCGCGUUGACUAUUAGAUCUAGAUCUACAUCUAGAAUACAAGAAUGACACUUGUACCUACUUGUACAUUAACAUUUUUACUGGCAUUAUCCGGGUAUCUCGGAGCGGAUGUUUGUACCUAUGAUGUACUUCCAAGCGCCAGUCUUCCUGAGUACGAGAAGAGCUACUCUGAUUUUAUCCAUAAACCUUUCCAGAAAUCUCGUCAUUUCGUUAAACAGUCAAAAUUAGCCAGCAAAUUCAACUCUUCUGUCUGUGGGAUCAUGGAUGUUAGUCUCUCCGGAAGCAUUCUGGGUAAAGACGUUAAGCUCGCCCCAAUCAAAUCGUUCCCCUGGCACGUGACUUUGUUUACGGGAAGGCUAGAUUUGUGCAGCGGCGUCCUGAUUUUAAACCUUUGGGUAUUGACCAUCGCAAGGUGCAGUCCUCCCGCUCAGCGUAUUUACAUGGGGAUUUGGGGUGUCAACAGUUUCAACAACUACGAAGAAGACAUUAUCAUCAGCAAAAGAUUCGAGCAUGAAGACUACAACCCACUGACCAAAGAGAACGACAUUGCUUUGGUCCGGUUACAAAAGCCGGUAACCUUCGAUGCAUACUCAAGACCUAUUUGCUUCCCUGACGUCAAUUUAGAUCUUUCUGCUUCCUCUGAAUGCUACAUCUCAAGUUUCGGCGCUGUAGACACCAACAAAAGCCGCUUAAGUGAAUUUCUUCGAUAUAGCAAAGUAAAAAUUAUCCCCAAUGAAAUAUGUUCGUAUGCCUGGAAAACAAGAGGCAUUGUGAUUGAUCGAAGAUCCAUUUGCACAGACUUUGAUGCUGGAAAUCUUUGUUUUGGAGACUCUGGAAUUCCACUGGUGUGCAAAAUGAAAGGACGCUACUAUCUCGCUGUAAUCUCGAAUGGUUAUGAAGAGGGUUGUACACUCACUUACUACCCAACGACUUUCACUCGAGUCUUUGAAUAUUCUGACUGGAUCUACUGGGUCAUUGAAAAAAACCCUAAUAUGUUACCAGCGAUUCUCAGAGCUGAUGUUUGCACAUAUGAUGUACUUCCUAGCGCCAGUCUUUAUGAGUACGAGAAGAAUUAUUCUAAUUAUAUCCAUAAACCUUUCCAGAAAUCUCGUCAUUUCGUUAAACAGUCAAAAUUAGCCAGCAAAUUCAACUCUUCUGUCUGUGGGAUCAUGGAUGUUAGUCUCUCCAGCAGCAUUUUGGGUAAAGACGUUAAGAUCGCACCAAUCAAAUCGUUUCCCUGGCAUGUGAAUCUAAAGUUGUUUUCAUGCAGCGGUGUUCUGAUUCUAAACUAUUGGGUAUUGACCAUCGCACGAUGCAGUCUUCAUGCUCAACGUAUUUACAUGGGGAUUUGGGGUGUCAAUAGUUUAAAUAGUUUUGAAAAAGACAUUACAAUCAACAAACGAUUCCAACAUGAAGACUACAACCCCCUGACCAAAGAGAACGACAUUGCAUUGAUUCGGUUGCAAAAGCCAGUAAAAUUUGAUGCGUACUCAAGAUCUAUUUGCUUCCCUGAUAUCAAUAUAGAUUUUAACGCAGCUACUAACUGUUACAUUUCAAGUUUUGGUACCAUAGACUCCAACAUAAAUCGUUCGAGUGAUUUUCUUCGAUAUAGCAAAGUAAACAUCAUCCCCAAUGAAAUCUGUUCGUAUGCUUGGAAAACAAGAGGCAUUGUGAUUGAUCGAAGAUCCAUUUGCACAGACUUUGGUGCUGGAAAUCUUUGUUUUGGAGACUCUGGAAUUCCGCUGGUGUGCAAAGUGAAAGGACGCUACUAUCUCGCUGGAAUCUCGAAUGGUUAUGAAGAGGGUUGUACACUCACUUACUACCCAACGACUUUCACUCGAGUCUUUGAAUAUUCUGACUGGAUCUACUGGGUCAUUGAAAAAAACCCAAAUUGACUGAAUCUUCUGGGUCAUUGAUAAAACACAAAUUGACUUGAUUCUUGAAAUAAAAAAAAAAACAAAAACAAAAAACUUAUUUUGCAAAGUUUUAAACUAAACCCCAACUACCCAAUUUUCGGCAACUCUGAAUAAA